AGGAUCAGUGUAGCUCCAGCAGUGCCACUUGUCAGUGUCCAUCAGUGCCUUGUGUCAGUGCUCAUCAGUGCCUCGUGCCAGUGCCCAUCAGUGCCACAGCAAUGCCACAUAUCAGUGCCUACCAGUGCACAUCAAUGCCACCUAUCAGUGCCCAUCUGAGCUGCCUUUCAGUGUCACCCAUCAGUGCCAGUCAGCGCCACCUAUCAAUGCCAAUCAGUGCCACCUUUCAGUGCCACCUAUCAGUGCCACCUUUCAGUGCCACCUAUCAGUGCCAGUCAGUGCCACCUAUCAUGCCAUUCAGUGCCGCCUAACAGUGCCAGUCAGUGCCGCC